AUGAUCGCUGCAGGGCCGGCGGUGGAGCUGUGCAGCGCGGCUGGUGUGGAUGACACAAUCGGGACUCCAGAAGACACCCGACGCCUCAUAAAAUUCAGGGCUGAAAAUGAGCAACGUUUUCUCAAAUCCAAAGCUGCUGCCAAACAACUUUGGGAGACGUUGAUCAAAGAGCUUGGGCUUGAGGGUAAAAUCACCUGCCAACAGGCAUCGAAAAAAUGGGAAAAUCUUAAAAAGAAAUAUAAGGAGCUGAGAACCCCCAAGACGGGUUCAGGAACUGAUGCCGGGGAAACCACAGCAUCUACCUGGCAGUUUUUCGAGGACAUGCAUGAGGUGCUGGGAGCCAGGCCAUCCAUGGACCCUCCCGUUGUGGUUGCCUCAUAUGAUGAUCCUGUCACACUGCUUAUGGAGAUCAUCGAACCCACUCCUUCCACCUCAGCCACAGCUUCUUCUGAGGCAGCCACAUCUGAUGCCCCUACCACUGCUGCUGCUACUGUGGACAUGCCCCCAACCCCUUCACCCAAAAAAAAGAAGAGGAAGCUAAACCACAUCGUGGAUUUUCUGGCACAGGAGAGUGAGAAGGAGCAGAAGAGACACGAGGAAAUUCCUGUGUGUAUGUUUGCACUGUUCGAUGUUUACAUCUGA